CUCCUCUUCAAGCUGACCACGCACUGCACCACAACGCGCGCAUCACCUCCUUCAUCUUGCGCAUUGUCGCCAAUACCACGCGCCUCAAUUGAGACUUCUUCCAGAAUUUUGCGACUCUUAAGUCCGCAUCUUGAAAGAAUCACGUCAUUACAUCCUUCCCAGAGCUUCUCAGACGGCAACUUGCAAAAUGACCGACAAUCAGGUUCAGGAGGGAGACCAAGUCUCCUGGAAAUGGUCAGGAUCGCGUCCAGGCGGUGAGGUUGCCGAAGUCAAGGAACAUGGCGAGCUCGCAAUCGAGUCCAACAAGGGCAAUACCAUCAAGAAGAAUGCCGAGCCUAGCGAUCCGGCUGUUCACAUCGAGAGACCAGGUAAUGAUGUCGUUAAGCGCGCGCAUGAGGUCGACAUCGAGAAGAAGGCCAAUGGUGCCAACGGUGCCAACGGUGAGCAGGCCAACGGUGAUGCAGAAAAGAAAGAGGAGAAACAAUCAGAACCCGGGGAGAAGGAUAAGAAGGUAAAUGACGCCCCACCUGCCGAGGAGAAGCAAGCCGAGCCCGAGAAGCUGGUAGAGGAGAAGGACGAACCCGAGGAACAGAACGGAGUCCCCGAGCCAGCGGAGGAGGCUAAAGUAGAGGAGGCCAUGGAGGAGGAGACGAAACUCGAGACCCCCCAAGCUGAAGAGAAGAAGGCUGAGGAGCCCAAAACGGGCCAAAAGCGCAAAGCCGACGACUCGCCCGCUCCUGAUACCAAUGGUGCUCAGACUGAGGACAAGGAAGAGCCAGAUGCGAAGAAACAGAAGACCGACGAAGCAGAGACCAAGACCAAGGGAAAGAAAAUGGGUCGACCGAAGAAGGGCGGAGAGAAGAAGGAAAAGAAGGAGCCUGUUCGUAAGAGACAGCCAAAGAAGCCAUCCACCGCCGACGGCCAGCCAAGGCGAAGCGCGAGGAACAAAGCUUAGCUUCAUACUGACGUAAAUAUCGGGUAACAAACGGAUAAAUGCCUUCUGCUAUUGACACGUUCUUCAUGUCGCUCGAGCAGGAAGUAAUGAAUCGAACAUUUUCUUGGUUCUUUCAAGGUUUUUGGUAGUGAUCUGGGUCGAGGCCGGUGGGACUCUGGGACACGACGCGUAGGUAAGGUGGCAUUCUGUCUUGCAAUGAGGCGCUCAAGGGACUGUAUUUUUUUAUACUUUGCUGGUUGUUUUUCAAUCUCAAAACGCUUGAUCUUACUUCACUUUCUGAUUGUACUAUAACUGCCAAUUUCUUCGCAUGUCCUCUGGUCCAUCGGAAAAGCACUUGACAGAGAAGUCUUCAAUAAACAGUGCAAUCAUC